CAGCUCCCCCGACUCGCACAACGACGCCCGGUUCUCCGUCGACAUGGAGCACAACAGUGAUCUCGAGGUCAAACGAGACCAUGGAGACCUUGAGGUGGUUCAGCACCUAAGCCUUGAAGUGGCUUCGAAUCAGGGCCCUGAGAUGGCUCACAACCAGGACCUCGAGGUGGCUCAGAGCCAGAAUCUCCAGUGGCAUAACGGUCAAGACGCAUACACAUACAAUGAGCUACCAACCGCCGCGAAUACACCGUCGUCAGCGCCGGGGAUUAAUGCUGAUGAAUCGACAAGCCAAGUGCGGAAACCACGCAGCAGGAGGUUCUGGCUCAUCGCAGGUGCCUUGGCGCUUGGUUUGAUUGCUGCGAUCGCGGUUGUGGCGGGUGUUCUCGGCUCGCAACUAGCGUCUGCCAGAAAUACCAGCCCAUCCAGGGAUGGUAGUGCUUCGUCCUCAACAUCACCGUCGUCGACGCCGGCGUCAGGGGGGGCAGGAAGCACAACUGCGUUCACGAAUAUGCCCACCACAGUACCUUCGUUUUCAAGCAUCACCUCCUUUUCCUCGUCAGUAACCUACUCGGCAACUGCGUACCCCGUCGAGCAAAGCCCUGUGAUGGCAACCCUUAGCGCUGGCGGAACCACCACCUUCAUCGACUGCCCCUACAGCAACAACACAGUAUACGAGGAUCUAACCACCGGCGUCCGGUUCCUUCGGCGGUGCGGUGCGAAUGUUAUCUCCAACGACAUCACUAGCUUCACGGCUUACAGUUUGGAAGAUUGUAUGACUCGGUGCGCUCGCAGUCGUGCCGAAGGCACCGAUUGUUCUGCUGUCGUAUGGAUAUGGGGUUGGGAUGGCUUUGUGAAUACCGAGAUGGCAAAGUUCAACUAUUGCUAUCUGAAGAACUCGAAGUAUAAUGUGCCAUCAAAUCUAAAUUGGAAUUGGCAGGCGGAGCUAGGCUUCAUCAUUCCAUGAUUGGAGGAGCGAAGGCUAUAAUUGAGGCGUUGAACCGUUGAAAUAGUCUUGAA